AUGUGCUCUGCUGGUAACAGCGCAUCGGCCCUAGGCCGAGGAUCUCUUGCACCGUCUACCGUUACCGGUAAUUACAAGAUCGUUCUUCCUCGUUUGCCAUCGGGAAACACCGUUCUCAACUCAGUGUUCCUACACGCGGACCUCGCUGGUCGGCCGUACCGCGCCCCGGAUUUUCGUGAUGCCCUGCUCUCGGUGCUCGAUACCAAGGACAUUCUCGGAGCAGGCCAGUAUCAGAUGAGCCAUCUGUGGCUCGUCACCUGCGCCAACAGCCUUUCCAAGCAGAAGCUCGUCGAUAAAGGUGAGCUACUAGUCAAAGGACUCAAGUGCCUUGUCAUCGACCCAGAAAGCCGGAACAUCAAAAUGAAGCUUCUGUGGCUUCCUCCUCACCUAGAACAGAAGCGUAUCGUUGAAGCGUUGGAACCAUAUGGCAUGGUGCAAUCCAUAACCAGAGAAAUGUGGCGUUGCGAAGGCAUGGAGAGUUGGCAGAUGACGAAUCGUGAUGUAGAAUUCACGCUCAAAGAAGGCCUCUCUACCAGUUCCCUCCCUCAUCUUCUGACGAUCUUGGGACAUCAAUGCUUACUUUUGAUUCCCGGACGACCUCCCUUGUGCCUUCGAUGCAACAGAGUAGGGCACAUAAGAAGACAGUGCAAAACACCACGCUGCGCGAAAUGCCACCGUUAUGGUCAUAACGCAGAGGCAUGCGUUGGCACGUAUGCUGACAAGCUUCGUGGCAGUAAACCGGUGGACGAUGACACCAUCGUUAACCACCUCAUGGAUGUAAGUGAGGUCGUAGAUGCCUCUGGCGAAGCGCCUGCUGAAGACCACCGGGCUGAAGAAGUGCAAAUAUCGACAGCUGCGGACACAGCUACAGCGAAGGUUACUGAAGAACAAACAGUGACUAACCGUGAAAAGGACCCUUGUGCAACGUGGGCCGAAUCACAACCCUUUCGGGACCAGCUUCAUCCUGCCGAGGAUACUGAAAUGACUGAGACAUCAAAGAAGCGUCCAGCGCCGGCAGAUGAUUUGGAGUGCUCUGGGAAAGAGCCAAAGGUCGCCGCGGCUAAGGCGAAGAAACCCCUUCAUGGAGUCCCUAGGGAGCUCCCGGAGACGCUCUCGAUCCAGAGGGCGCUCUUGUUCCAGAACCAGGACCAGAUCCCGCUCCAGGGGUCGCUCCGGAUCCCAGCGCCGAGGCAGUCAAGUCCGGUUGAAGUCCUGCUCGAGGUCCUGCUCCAGGGAUCGCCGACCUGA